AAUGAGCAUACUAAGGAGGAAAAUAUGCACAUAGAGAAUGAGACAGAAUCUCUGAGGUGCUAGAGGGGUAAGAGAAUACUUCACCCUUCUUUCUGUGUUUAUUCCAAAGGAACAUCUUCUAUCAUGGCCCUAGGAAACCACAGCACCAUCACCGAGCUCCUCCUCUUAGGACUCCCUGAGGAUCCAGAUAUCCAGGCUCUGCUCUUUUUGUUCUUCUUAGUGAUUUACCUUCCGACCUUGAUGGGGAAUCUUACAAUGCUGCUACUGAUCACAACUGACUCUCAUCUCCAGUCACCCAUGUACUUCUUUCUGAGUCAUCUCUCCUUCCUAGAUCUUUGCUACUCUUCAGUCACUGUGCCCAAGAUUCUGGAAAACCUCCUGUCUCAAAGGAAAUCAAUCUCAGUAGAGGGCUGUCUGGCUCAAGUCUUCUUUCUGCUAGUCACUGGAGGGACAGAAGGACUUUUGCUCUCACUGAUGGCCUAUGAUCACUAUGCUGCCAUAUGCCACCCUCUGAAGUAUGGACAGAUCAUGAGUAAACAAAUGUGUAGGGGUCUGAUGUGGGCCUCAUGGGGACUGGGCUGUCUAGAUGCUCUCGCCAACCUCCUCCUGGCUUUGAAUUUGGACUUCUGUAAGCUCCAAACCAUCCACCACUAUUCUUGUGAGCUCCCAUCCCUCUUCUCUCUCUCCUGCUCUGACACAUCCGCCAAUGUUGCGAUGCUGCUCUGCUCUUUCAUCUUGCAUGCCAUGGGGACCUACCUCCUUGUCUUCUUCUCCUAUGACCAUAUUGUCUCCACCAUUCUGAGCAUUAGCUCCACCUCUGGCAGAAGCAAGACUUUCUCCACCUGCUCCUCCCACCUCACUGCAGUGAGCUUAUUCUAUGGCUCAGCUUUUCUCCGGUAUCUCAUGCCAACAUCAGGCUCCUCACUGGAGUUGAUUCUCUCCAUACAGUACAGUGUAAUUACUCCCUUACUGAAUCCUCUCAUCUACAGCCUGAAGAACAAGGAGGUGAAAGCAGCUCUGAAAAGACUGAUGCUAAGAUACUUACAAUGUCUCAGAUAGCACAGAAAAGACAGAGUAUAAAGGAGAAGUAGGACAGAGCUGCAGCAAGACAUCUAAUGAUUAACAUUAAGAACUUCCUGGUAGCUAUUUGUCACUUGUUGCAAGAUAUAUGGCUGAUUCUCCCUUGUUAAAAAUUAUCCAGGAAAGUUCUGGGAGCUAUUUUGCUUGCGAGGGCUCAGAAUCCAUCCUAUUCAGAAACAGACCAAUGAGUCA